AUGGUUUCUUAUAGGUGUCUUCAGAAGACAUAUCCUUCACAACUCCCAUCCCUUGGUGUCAUUCUCAUAUUCAUGAAUGAAGCUCUGUCCAUUAUACAACGGGCCAUCACUAGUGUCAUCAACCGCACCCCUUCUCAUUUGUUAAAGGAGAUCAUCUUGGUGGAUGAUUUUAGCUCAAAUGGAGAACUAAAGGCAUACUUGGAUGAGAAGAUUAAACUUUAUAACCGGAAGUAUCCGGGACUACUAAAAAUAAUUCGGCAUAUGAAGAGAAAGGGUCUUGCUCAAGCACACAACACUGGCAGGAAAGUGGCUACAGCUGAUGUGAUUGCCAUCUUGGAUGCUCAUGUUGAAGUGAACAUUGGGUGGGCGGAGCCCAUUUUGGCUCGGAUUCAGGAAGACCACACUGUAAUUGUGUCUCCUGUGUUUGACAAUAGUCAUUUUGACACCUUUGAACUGGAAAAGUAUGCACUGGCAGUUGAUGGCUUUAACUGGGAACUAUGGUGCUGCUAUGAUCCACUGCCAAAGGCCUGGUUUGAUCUGCAUGAUGCCACCGCUCCAGUGAAGAGUCCUUCCAUCAUGGGCAUCCUGGCUGCCAACAGGAUCUUUUUGGAAGAGAUGGGAUCUCUGGAUGGUGGGAUGCUGGUCUAUGGAGGAGAGAACGUGGAGCUUAGCUUGAGGGUGUGGCAGUGUGGAGGGAGAAUUGAGAUCUUACCCUGCUCCCGGAUUGCUCACCUAGAGAGACACCACAAGCCUUAUGCCGUGGAUCUGAGUCUUGCCUUGAAGCAUAAUGCUUUGCGAGUGGCUGAAAUCUGGAUGGAUGAGUACAAACACAUGGUCUAUUUGGCCUGGAACAUACCUCUCCAGAACUCUGGAAUCGAUUUUGGAGACAUUUCUUCCAGAAUGGCACUCCGGAAAAAACUGAAAUGUAAAACUUUUGACUGGUAUCUGAAAAAUGUUUAUCCAAACCUGAAGCCAAUCCACAACAUUGUGGGCUACGGAAGAAUGAAAAACACGUUGGAUGAAAAUAUCUGCCUGGAUCAGGGACUUGUUUCAGGCAAAACCCCCAUCAUGUUUUACUGUCACAAAUACAGUCUGCAGAACGUCUACUAUCACCUAACCGGGGAAUUCUAUGUGGGACCACUGAUUACAGAGGCACGUACUGAUGAUCACUGCCUGACAGACCCUGGCAAUGGGGAGAAGCCCACUUUAGAGCCAUGUUCCAAGGCAGCCCAAAACAGACUGCACAUAUAUUGGGAUUUUAAACUGGGAAAAGCUCUCAUGAACAGAGCCACCAAGCGAUGUCUGGAGAUGAAGAAAGACACUUCGGGCAUCUAUGAACCUGUGCUCCAGACCUGCACCACACAAGCGUGGACGAUACAGUAUACUGUGCAAAACUGGGGGUCAAACUAG